CCACAGCCAAUCCUUUCCGAACAUGAAGAACACACAGGCAAGGAAGAGUCGAAAGGGAUGAGUGAGGAAGACAUAGUCACAAAUCAAUCUGUAUGUUCCUCAUCAGCUGCAUUUCCCUUUCUCCUUCAAUUUCAAUCUCUUCUUUUUCUUGUUUCUCUUCGCUCACUUCCUAUGAAGCUUCUGGUUCGGCGGAAAAUUAGGGCAUAAGAGCCAGUUCAUCCAAUCGAAAUUAUGGCGGUGCUCAUAAAUUCAGCACCUGCAUUGACAAACCCGCCCUCAGAUCUACCUAAGAAGCAGUGCUAUUUCUUCACUGAAAGGCUGAGAUUCUACUAUUCCUUCCUGCACAAGAAGAGGUUUUUUUCUAGAGUGUUAGCGGUUGCAAACACACCCUUUGUGGGUAAUGAGCUGAGAGACUUGCCCGUUAAAGACGGUGUCCUUGAUCUGCUUAACUGGCUGGCACCCGAAAAUGGCCCAAGAAUAAUAGAACUUAAGCUAGAGGAAGCAGUUCUAGAUCUAGAGUAUAUGCUAGGGAAGGGAUAUCAGCCAACUGUAAGACAGGUGAUCAACCUGGUCCAAGAUCUUUGCCGCUACGAUAUGCCAGGGAAAGCUAGCAAAGUUAUGGAAAUGGCAGCUAGGUUUCGGUUACGGUGUUACACUGUCUCGGUGAGAUACUUGUGCAAUAAGGGAAAUUUUGGUCAUGCCCUUCAUUUAGUUGAGAAGCUUGAGGAAUAUGGGUACAGAACGAGCACGAAGACGUAUAAUUGCAUUAUAAGAGGGUUUUGCGAGCACGAAAGUUUGAGUUUGAGCCUACAGUUUCUCGCUAGCCUCUUGAAAAGAGGAAUGGUGCCUGAUGCUGAUACUCAUUCAAUCCUGCUUGAAGCAGUUUGUAGGGAGAAGGGGGUCGAUGAGGCUAUGGUGCUUUCGGAAAACAUCAUUGGUAAGGGCGGGAAGCUUAACCGUUUUUGUUACCAUGUGUUGUUGAAUGGGCUGCGCAAGGAAGGGAGAGUUGAUGAAGCUAUUCGAUUCUUGAGAGAAUUGCCAUCUAAAGGGUGUAAGCCCAAUGAUUUCAGCUACAAUAUCUUAUUGAGGAUGUUGUGUGUUGAAGGACGCUGGGGAGUAGCAAAUGAGCUUCUUGCUGAUAUGGGUGGGCAAAAUUGUCCACCCACCUUGGGGAUCUGCAAUAUUUUUAUCACUUCGCUUGUGUUCCGUGGCCGAACAAAAGAUGCCCUUAGUAUCUUGGAUGAAAUGCAUUCAGCCCAAGGGCUCAAGCCAACUGCUGCAAGUUACAACCCAAUAAUCGCACGCCUCUGCAAAGAAAAAAAGCUGAAAGAUGUGAUCAAGUGCCUCAAACAGAUGAUCUUAAAGCAGUGUGUUCUCAAUAGUGGAACGUAUAUCCCCUUUGCCGACCUCUGUGAGCAGGGGAUGUUGCAAGAGGCUCUUCAAAUUCUAGAGAGUUUGAGGGCCCAACAGCUGCGCCCCUUUGAUGAGUUUUACAAUAACGUGAUUGCCAGUUUCUGUAUGGGGAAUAAGUCCUACGCGGCUUUUCUACUCAUGUAUGAUUUGACAAUGUCUGGGUUCACUCCCGACUCAUCCACCUACUCAUCCCUCAUCAAAGGGCUGUGCUUGGAGAGAAUGCCAGAUGCUGCGAUUGAGAUCAUUAGGAUUCUACACGAAAACAGUUACAGGCCAGAUGUUCAUGUCUUCAAUGCUCUUGUGUAUGGGUUGUGCAAAUCUCGAAGAACAGAUUUGUCAUUGGGAGUUUAUGAGGAGAUGAUUAUGAAAGGGUAUAUGCCGAACGAGUAUACGUAUGAAAUCAUAGUCAAGGGACUCGUCCGCGAAAAACAAAAAGAGUUGGCAUCUUUACUUUUGAAAGAGUUGCAUAAGCUAAUGGUCGAGCUGAAUUACUAUGAACGUAGCCACCAAUGGUGUGGAUAUCCUACCACUUACUAUGAACGUAGCCACUUCCAGGAUCACAUUGAAGGCUGAUGAACAUAUCCACCUGUGGUUAACAGGUGCUGCCAUUUGUUCCCCUAACAUCAUAUACACAAAAAAAGAAGUAAACCUUCAAAUAAUCAUUGGGGAAUAUUAGUUUCAUGAACAAAGAAAGUAUUCUUCCUAGGAUGGAAUUGCAGCAUUAUAUUAUGGAUUGUACCAGAGCAGUGUAAUGCCAACAAUCAGAAAACCUUAAUUGACGCAGUGUGAUGGCAUUGUUGUGGUAGAGGUCAACACCAACGACCUGCGGUUACACUCCGGCAAGCCCAAAGCAGCGGACGACAGCACUUCGGCGACCCCACAGCAGCAGCAGGUGGCGCUCCUAAGACUCCACAGUGGAAGACGACGGUACUGUGGCGUUGAAUGGAAGCACUCUGGUGACCCACAACGGGGGCCGGCGAUGGUGGAUGUCAGUCUGGGAAGGUGUGGCGGCGACAAAUGACACUAGAAACCACUUAGCGGAGCUAACUCAUGAGUGUAUAUUGAAUAUGGCGCAAUGCCUUGGCGAU